AUGGGCACUAAUGGUCGUCCAGAAAAAGAUUUUGAACAUGUAACAGGAACCUCUCGAAGAUCACACCAAGAAGAUAUUUCUGGUAAUAGUGAAGUUGGUAGAGAUUUUGCUAACAGAUAUGGGGGCUUAUUUUCUGAAAAAGAUUGGAAAUGUCCUACUUGUUCAAAUAUAAAUUGGGCAAGACGUACUGAAUGUAAUCAAUGUAAAACAUCAAAACCAGGGUUAGAAACCUCAUUGGGUACACGUGAAGGAAGAGGUGGUGGAUUUUUGGAACGCGAUGAGGUGGUUGAAUAUAAACAAUCAAGAAAUGCUGAAAAAGAUGAUGAAUGGGAUGAAUUUGACAAUGUAAAAUCACAUAAUGAAAGAUCAUCAUCAUCAAAAGAGCAUUGGUCAGGUAAAUAUUCUCGCCGACGUUCUUCACGAUCGCAAUCUCCAUUACCACCAUUAUCAUCACAUUACAAUGAUCAUUCAUUAUCACGAGAUAGAAAUUCUCACAAAAACAGAUCAAUUUCUCGAGAACAUAGAUCAUCAGAUCAAAAUCUCGAUCAAGAGAAAGAAAAAGAAAUUCUCAUGGUAGUAAAUCAAGAUCAACAUCUAGGAAUAGAAAACGAUCAUACAGAUAUAGGUCAUGUUCACAAUUUCCGAAAUUUUACGUAA